UUAUAAACAUGUCUGGAAGAGGUAAAGGUGGUAAAGGACUGGGUAAAGGAGGCGCUAAGCGUCACCGUAAAGUUCUGCGUGAUAACAUCCAGGGAAUCACCAAGCCCGCUAUCCGUCGUCUCGCUCGCCGUGGUGGAGUCAAGCGUAUCUCUGGUCUGAUCUACGAGGAGACUCGCGGUGUUCUUAAGGUGUUUUUGGAGAACGUUAUCCGUGAUGCCGUCACAUACACCGAGCACGCCAAGAGAAAGACCGUGACCGCCAUGGAUGUUGUGUAUGCUCUGAAACGUCAGGGCCGCACUCUGUAUGGUUUUGGAGGUUAAACAUCUUUCCAUCAG